AUGCUCUUCCAGAUGAUUACACAAGUAAGCUACCAGUGGAGCGCGGAGCUACAGACGCUCGAGGGCCACUCAUCUGCGGUCCACAUGCAGUGGCGUUCUCACCCGAUAGUCGGGUUUGGCAUCUUGCUCAGGCUCUUGUGGAAGCAACAGCAAGGACAAUGUCAUUCAGCUUUGGGACACAGCUACGGGUGCACUGCGACAGACGCUUGGGGACAUUCGAAUGCGGUCACCUCUCUAGCCUUCUCGCCGAAGGGCUGGCUGUAG